ACCGCGAAGGAAGUCCGCGUGUACCGGAAGUGAGGUCAGAGAACUCCUUCCUGGAGCGAGGCCGGCAAGAUGGCGGCGGACACGCAGGUUGCAGAGACACUGAAGAAAUUUGCUGUAAAAGUGACAACAGCCAGCGUGAAGGAAAGGAAGGAGGUGCUGAAUGAGCUUCAGUUGUGCGUGUCUGGAAGAGACCUCCCUGAACCUGCUGUGAAGGGGCUUUGCAAACUGUUCUGCAUGACACUGCAUCGCUACAGGGACUCUGCAUCAAGAAGAGCACUGCAAUCUGCCAUUCAGCAAUUGGUGGAAACCCACCCUGAAGCUGCAGCCAAAAACCUGCUACAGUGCCUGCAAGCAUCUGGAGUCAUCUGUAAAAAUGGUUUCCCAAGUAAGAGCACAGGGUCGGCGGCUUCCUUGGCCCUGUCUUGGACUUGUCUUCUAGUUCGAUGUGUUUUUCAUGCACCUGAAAAGCGAGAAGGGGCUACCUGGACCAAGCUGGUUGAAGUCCAAAGCUUUCUGCUGUUUGAAGUGCUUGGGGGCUCCAAUAGGCAUACCCUGGAAGGUGUCCUAAAAAGACUCACCAGGCUGUGGAAAGAGAACCCUGGCCUUGCUGAUCAGUAUGUGUCCACAGUUCUGGCUCUGGAGCAGAAUCAGACUCACAUGUGCAUGUUGGGAGUGUUGCUGGAUUACUGUUCUGCCAGCAAAGAUGUCACCACCAUCCAAAAACACAAGACGGCCUUACUAGAUCUGUACACGAAAACGGUUUUAAUGAGCAAGACAAAACCCCAUAAACAUGUCCUUGAUAAAUGUGCCCCCCUUUUGCGUCAAGUUAAUCAUCAUGAAUUCAAGGACGUCCUCCUUCCCACACUGCAAAAAUCUAUGCUCCGUAGUCCAGAAAAUGUUAUUGAGACAAUAUCCACUUUACUGACCUCUGUAACACUUGACCUGAGCCAAUAUGCAAUGGACAUCGGUAGAGGCCUGGCCGGCCAGCUGAAAGCUAACAACUCUCAGUUGGUUGAAGAGGCAGUGCAGGCUCUGAAGAACCUUGCACAACAGUGCAGCGACCCAGUUGCUGUGGAAUCUGUAGUCCGUCACCUUUUUGCAAUCCUAGGAGGCUCAGAAGGGAAGCUGACAGUCACUGCCCAGAAGAUGAGUGUUCUCUCAGGAAUCCGGAGCCUAAGCUACCAUACAGUUUUAGUUCCCUCCAGUCAGAUUCUCAGUGCCACUGUGGCUGAACUCUUCAUCCCGUUUCUUCAGCAGGAAGUUCAUGAGGGUACACUCGUCCAUGCAGUCUCUGUUCUCACACUCUGGAGUAGAAAGUUCAAUACAGAGGUUCCAAAAUCCCUUAUGGAGUGGUUCAAAAAGGCAUUUUCUCUGAAGACCUCCACUUCGCCUGUACGGCACUCUUACCUGCUGUGCAUGCUGGCUGCCUUCAAAGGGGACACUUUACUACAGGCUAAGGAUCUUCUUCAAAUCUUAAUCCAGGCUGUGGAGAAGGCCUCUUCUCAAAGCACACAGGUUCCAUUAAUCGCUGAAGGAGUGGCUGCAGCUGUUCUGAUCUGCAAACUGUGUAUCGUGGAUUCAUUGAUUGAGUCAAAGCUGUCUGGUUUCUGGCAGCUGAUUCUGGAUGAGAAAAAGCAAGUUUUCACUUCUGAGAAGUUCCUGUCUGUUGCUUCAGAAGAAGCACUGUGUUCCCUACUGCAGCUGGUUGAACGACUCCUACUAGACCACCAACACAGGUUCCCUGAGAAUAAGGCACAGUUGUACCAUCGUGCCUUGGUUACUAUCCUAUUAUCAAAAUCUUGGAAUGUUCGAAAACAAGCUCAGCAGACCACCAAGAAGUUACUUGGUGCUUUGGGUGGGAUUAGAUUGGCUUAUGGAAUGCUGGAGGAGCUCAACACUUUUCUGUCCUCACAUAAGGUGAUGUCCUUGGAUUCGCUUGUUACGGAGUCAGGAGAUGCGUCAGAUCUUGCUAAGACUUAUGUUCCUCCUCGAAUUUUGCUAGAAGCUCUCUGUGUGAUCACCAGUGUUCCAGGGCUAGAGGCUGAUCCCAUUGAGGCAGAAAAUUUGGCUAGAGAGAUCCUCCUUCUAGCACACCACCCUUCCAUAGAGGCAGCACAAAAAGAUUUAUGGCCAGCCAUCUUAUCCCGUAUGAAGAUUGAUGCAAAAGAAUUCAUCAACAAGAAUUUAGAUACUCUGUUACCCGUCAUUACAGCCAAAUCAUCUGUUUCCCCAGCCUCCAUGAAUGCUGUGGUUUGCUUGUCAGCCCUCUCGCCACUCAAGGUGCUGCCUCAGCUGUUUUGUGUUAUCACUUCUACUCUGAACAAGCAGGAUUUGCUCCAGGUUACACGGGAGGAGUAUGCCAUUAUGCAGAUGCCAGAGGGGGAGCUGUAUGAUAAAUCCAUUAUUCAGAAUGCUCAGCAAGAAUGUGCAAAGAAAGGAAACCUUAAACGUGAGAACAAAGCGUAUUCCUUCAAAGAGCAGAUAAUUGAGCUAGAAUUGAAAGAGGAGAUUAAAAAGAAAAAGGGAAUCAAGGAGGAGGUGCAGUUAACCAUUAAACAAAAAGAGAUGAUUCGGUUGCAGCUAGAAAGAGAGUCUGCCAUUAGGAAGAGCCUUCAAGAGAUGGACCAGGAACUAGAGUCGGUGCUAUCUCUUUUAGGUGCAGUAGUCAAGAAAAAGCUCCCUGGAGUGUCUCAUCAGAUCCCAUUAGUUCUUCGCUCUUUUCUGCCACUCUUUCGAUCUCCACUUGCAGCUCCAAGAAUUAAAAAACACUACCUCUCUUUGAUAGACUGUGUCUUUCAACCCCAACAGAGAAAUUUAGGUUUGUUGGUUGGCCAUGUAACCCUACGUUUAAUGAAGCCAGCAUGUGAUUUAGAUGAAAGAUGGUGUGAAGAGGAUCUUGGCAAAGCCACAGUCAGAGCAGUGAACCUGCUGCAUAGUCAGACAGUUGUACACAGAGAUGUGAAGGGGACUUCAGAUGCCUCCCCACUCGCGGGGCCAGCCUUUGCUUUCUGUUUCCCAUUCCUCAAAAUCAUCCUUACUGAGACUGUAAAUAAGGAUGAGGAAGAGGAAGCCCUUUUGGUGAAAGCCCUUCAAGUCAUCAGCCAGCAUGCACAGUUGCGAUCCUGCACAACUCUUCAAGAUCAAUUUGUUGAUGAGAAUGGUCCAGAAUUACUUCCCAGGGUUGAAAUGUUGCUGCUUCUGACACGUGUCAUUGGUACAGGAAGUCCUUGUUUACAGGUUCUGGCUUCUAAUUCACUGACUUCACUAUGUGCUAGCAGUAGUGGAGAUGAAGGUUGUGCCUUUGCAGAACAAGAGGAGAUAGAUGUACUGUUGCAAGCUCUGCAGUCUCCUUGUUUUUCUGUUCGGGAUGCAGCCCUGCGAGGUCUGCUGGAAAUGGUGAUGGUCUUGCCUACCACAGACACAGAUGAGAAGCAUGGCUUGGACUUGCUGCGAAGAAUCUGGGUAGCCCGAUUUGAUGUGGAAGAGGAGGGCCGCUUGCUGGCAGAGAAGCUUUGGAAGGCAAUUGGCUUAGAACUUCAGGCUAGUCUGUGCUCACUGCUCAUUGAAGAUGUGAUUCAUUAUGAAGAGGCUGUCCGGCAAGCAGGAGCUGAGGCUUUGUCUAAUGCUGUGGCCCAAUACAGACAUCAGGCUUCUGAUGUCAUGAUGAAGCUGGUGGAACUUUAUCAAGAGAAACUUUAUAGACCUCCACCUAAGUUAGAUGCCCUUGGGCGCACCAUUUCCGAAAUGCCACCAGACCAGUGGGAAGCCAGAUGUGGAAUCGCUUUAGCCUUGAAUAAGCUUUCCCAGUACCUGGACUGCUCCAGAGUUACACCAUUGUUCCAGUUCUUUGUCCCCGAAGCACUUCAUGACCGCAGUGCUGAAGUUCGAAAGUGUAUGUUGGGAGCUGCACUCUCUGCCCUUAACACUCAUGGAAAGGACAAUGUAAACUCUUUAUUGCCAGUCUUUGAAGAAUUUCUUAAGAACGCCCCUCAGGAUGCCAGCUAUGAUUCUGUCCGUCAAAGUGUUGUUAUUCUGAUGGGCUCUCUGGCAAAGCACCUUGACAAGAGUGACCCCAAAGUCAAACCCAUUGUGGCCAAACUAAUUACAGCUUUGUCCACACCCUCCCAGCAAGUUCAAGAGUCAGUGGCCAGCUGUCUUCCUCCUCUUGUACCUGCCAUUAAAGAAGAUGCAGGUGGGAUGGUUCAGAAGCUGCUGCAGCUGCUUCUUGAGUCAGACAAAUAUGCAGAACGGAAAGGAGCAGCUUAUGGGCUUGCUGGUCUGGUCAAGGGGCUUGGGAUACUUUCCCUUAAACAGCAGGAAAUUAUGACAACUUUGACAGAUGCUAUUCAAGACAAAAAGAACUUUCGACGUAGGGAAGGAGCACUGUUUGCCUUUGAGAUGCUCUGCAACAUGUUGGGAAAGCUCUUUGAACCCUAUGUGGUGCAUGUGCUCCCUCAUCUGCUCCUCUGCUUCGGAGAUGGGAACCAGUACGUCCGUGAGGCUGCAGAUGAUUGUGCUAAAGCAGUGAUGAGAAACUUGAGUGCCCAUGGGGUGAAACUGGUUCUCCCGUCCCUUCUUGUUGCUCUUGAGGAGGAAUCAUGGAGGACAAAAGCAGGAUCUGUUGAACUUCUUGGUGCCAUGGCAUACUGUGCUCCCAAGCAGUUGUCCUCUUGUCUCCCAAAUAUUGUGCCAAAGCUAACUGAGGUGCUGACAGACUCUCAUGUCAAGGUGCAGAAGGCUGGACAACAGGCUUUGCGGCAGAUUGGGUCUGUCAUUCGCAAUCCAGAAAUUCUUGCUAUCACGCCUAUCUUGUUAGAUGCUUUGACUGAACCCUCCAGGAAAACCCACAAGUGCCUGCAGACACUGCUGGACACAAAGUUUGUCCAUUUUAUUGAUGCACCAUCCCUAGCUCUCAUCAUGCCUAUAGUCCAGAGAGCCUUUCAAGAUCGCUCUACAGAUACACGCAAGAUGGCAGCUCAGAUCAUCGGUAACAUGUACUCCCUCACUGACCAAAAGGAUCUUUCUCCAUAUCUGCCAAGUGUGAUUCCUGGGCUAAAAUCUUCACUGCUGGAUCCUGUACCUGAGGUGCGUACUGUGUCAGCCAAAGCUCUUGGUGCUAUGGUGAAAGGCAUGGGAGAAUCCUGCUUUGAUGACCUUCUACCAUGGCUUAUGGAGACUCUGGCCUCAGAACAGAGUUCUGUCGACAGAUCUGGUGCUGCUCAAGGUUUGGCUGAAGUCCUGGCUGGGCUUGGAGUGGAAAAACUUGAAAAGCUGAUGCCUGACAUAGUUGCUACAGCCAGCAAAAUAGAUAUUGCUUCCCAUGUGCGGGAUGGCUACAUCAUGAUGUUUAUCUAUUUACCUGUGACCUUUGGGGACAAGUUUACCCCAUAUGUAGGACCCAUCAUCCCCUGCAUUCUCAAGGCACUGGCUGAUGAGAAUGAGUAUGUGCGUGACACAGCCUUGAGAGCUGGCCAGCGGAUCAUCAGCAUGUAUGCAGAGACUGCUAUUGCACUCCUGCUGCCAGAAUUGGAGCAGGGUCUGUUUGAUGAUAUGUGGAGGAUCAGAUUCAGCUCUGUACAGCUGCUUGGAGAUCUUCUCUUUCACAUUUCAGGUGUGACGGGGAAGAUGACAACUGAAACAGCAUCUGAGGAUGACAACUUUGGCACUGCCCAGUCUAACAAGGCCAUCAUUCAUGCCCUGGGCCAUGAGAGGCGCAACAGAGUUCUGGCUGGGCUCUACAUGGGGCGCUCAGACACCCAGCUUGUGGUGCGGCAAGCAUCCCUGCAUGUAUGGAAAAUAGUGGUGGCAAAUACACCUCGCACACUGCGUGAAAUUCUCCCUACCCUCUUCAGCCUGCUGCUAGGCUUCCUUGCCAGUACCUGUGCGGACAAAAGAACGAUUGCGGCUCGGACACUGGGAGAUCUGGUAAGGAAACUGGGAGAGAAGAUCCUUCCUGAAAUCAUCCCCAUCCUGGAGGAAGGACUUCGCUCUGACAAAAGUGAUGAACGGCAAGGUGUCUGUAUUGGACUUAGUGAAAUCAUGAAGUCCACCAGCAAGGAUGCGGUGCUUGUGUUCUCAGAGUCUUUGGUCCCAACUGUGAGGAAGGCCCUGUGUGAUCCACUUGAGGAAGUUCGAGAGGCUGCCGCCAAGACCUUUGAACAGCUGCACUCCACAAUUGGUCACCAGGCGUUAGAUGACAUCCUACCUACUCUUCUGCAGCAGCUGGAUGAUGAGGAAACUUCUGAGUUCGCUCUGGACGGUCUUAAGCAAGUGAUGGCGGUAAAGAGCAGAUCUGUUCUCCCAUAUCUUGUUCCAAAGCUCACAGCCCCUCCUGUAAACACCCGUGUUCUUGCGUUCUUGUCUGCUGUGGCAGGGGAAGCCCUUACACGCCAUCUCAGUGUUAUCCUUCCUGCUCUAAUGUCUGCGCUUAAAGAGAAGCUGAAUACAGAGGAAGGGGCACAGGAGCUGGCAAGCUGCCAGGCGGUGAUCCUUUCAGUGGAGGAUGAAGUGGGGCAGAGGAUCAUUAUUGACGAUCUCCUGGAAGCAAGCCGUAGCCCUGACUUGGGUAUGAGAAAGGCAGCCAUUACCAUACUCAAUGGCUACUUCAGCAGAACCAAGGCUGACUACAGUAUGCACAUCAAGAGCCUGGUUUCAGGUUUCAUACACCUCUUCAACGACACUGAUGAAAUGGUCCUAAAUGAGAGCUGGGACGCCUUGAAUGCUGUCACAAAGAAAUUAGAUGCCUCGAGCCAGCUGGCACUCAUUGAUGACUUACAUCGAGACAUUCGAAUUGCUGGGAAUGAGGCCAAAGGUGAGAACUUGCCAGGAUUCUGCCUACCUAAAAAGGGUGUCACCUCAAUCCUUCCAGUUUUGCGUGAAGGUGUCCUGACUGGAAACCCAGAACAGAAAGAAGAAGCUGCCAAGGCUUUAGGACUUGUCAUCAAGCUAACAUCUGCUGAAGCCCUCCGGCCAUCUGUAAUCAACAUAACUGGACCCCUGAUUCGUAUCCUUGGAGACCGCUUCAGCUGGAAUGUCAAAGUGGCCCUGUUGGAAACACUUACCCUGCUUUUGGGCAAGGUGGGCAUUGCCUUGAAGCCAUUCCUGCCCCAGCUGCAGACCACAUUCCUGAAAGCACUGCAGGACUCCAACCGAUGUGUUCGUCUCCGUGCUGCUGAGGCCCUUGGAAAACUCAUUAGUAUUCACUCCAAGGUGGACCCCCUGUUUACCGAGCAGCUGAAUGGAAUCCGCUCUGCAGAGGAUUCAGGAGUCAGGGAGACAAUGCUACAGGCCCUCAGGUUUGUGAUCCAGGGAGCUGGUGGGAAAGUUGAUUCUACUAUCAGAAGGAGCAUGACAACAACUCUGUUGAGCAUGCUGGGUCAUGAUGAGGAUGCAACUCGAAUGGCAACUGCAGGGUGCCUUGGGGAGUUGUGUGCCUUCCUGCCAGAUGAUGAGCUCAGAAUUGUCCUUCUGCAACACUUGCUAGCAGACGCCUCUGGUAUUGAUUGGAUGGUGAGACAUGGCCGUAGUGUUGCACUCUCGAUUGCCAUUAAGGCAGCUCCAAGUCAGCUUUGCAGCUCAGAGUAUAACACAUUGGUCCUAGACACCAUUUUGUCAAGUGCAUCGGCUGACAGGAUUCCCAUAGCCACAAGUGGGAUUCGGGCAGUGGGAUUCCUAGUGAAGCACUGCAUUAUGAGUGAAGGAGGAAGCUUGCCUGCAAAGAUUGUGACUCAUUUUGUAAAGUGUUUGCAGAACUCAUCCAGUGACAUUAAGCUGGUUACAGAGAAGAUGAUAUGGUGGAUUAAUAAAGAACCCACCCCAGCAAUGGAGCUUCAAGUCAUUAAACCAAUAGUGAAGGCGCUGCUGGACAACACGAAAGACAAAAAUACUAGCGUGAGAGCCUACAGUGACCAGGCCAUUGUCAACCUGCUCAAGAUGCGAGAUGGUGAUGCUGUCUUUCAGAGCAUAACCAGUAUUCUGGACAUAGCUAGCAAUGAGCUACUGAAUGAGGCAUGCCGCCGAUCUCUACGAAAAUUGGCCAGUCAGCCUGACUCCAGUGAACAGAUUGAUGACACCAUCCUAACGUGAUCCAUCAAACAGCAGUCCUUUCCUCAAUAAAAAUCAAUUCAAAACACAAAUAAAAACAGGCAACCUGAAAGGGAGUUGCAGAAAAGGCCAUACAAGUAACAGAUAGCUCCAGUCUUGGCCAAUGGUUUUAACUAUUUCGGGCAAAAUUAUGCUAAUAAAACAUGUAGGUUGUGAAAUUGAAUUUUAAUGCGAUGUGUGGCUCUCUUGAAGCCCCACCACCCCCCAUAUCCCCCUUCACUAUGCAUUUGCUUAGCAGUGCAGUGUACAGUUGACUUUGUGUUUUAAGUCUUGGUCACAUACUGUAUUAUAAUCGUGUGUCCUUGUAACAUCACAAACAGAUUGGCUAGUUUCCAUGCUCCCCCGCCAAAAAAAAUCACAACAGUAUUAGGUUUUACUCUGACCUCUGGCUUUCGGAAGCCAAAACUGAUUUUGCAGGCCUAAUUCUUGGUAUUUUCGUUUGUCCAGGUUGGAGGUACUAAAUUAGUAGGCUGCCAGUUCAAUUCUGAAAUUUUACACCUUACUGAUGUUGAUCAUAAACUCCUUACAUUUUAAAAAGGGAGGAAGAAAGUCUAAGUGAUAAAACGUCUGCAUGCAGCACAGCUUGGAGAAGGACUCAACCUGAAGAUAACAUAACACUGGGCCAGAAUUGUUAAGAAGGAAAAACAAAAGGACUGAUUUAAUAAAUGCUAAUGUAGUAUCCAUCAA